UCACCUGCUCUCCCACCCCAACUGUCUCAAAGAAGAGUCUAGCCGUGUGGAAUCUGCCUUUAGACCAACACAAGAAUGGAUAUAUAAACCUUUUCAGAAACUUGAGCAUCUGCUUUUCUCCUCCCAGUGGAUUUUGAGCUAGAGUAACACGUAAGCACUAAAUACAGACUGACACAAUACUGCUAGGGUGAACAUGGGGACAGAUUUAGCCUACAACUUUGUCUUCAAAGUGGUUUUAAUUGGGGAAUCAGGGGUUGGAAAGAGCAACUUACUGUCAAGAUUUACCAAAAACGAGUUCAAUCAUGACAGCCGUACAACCAUUGGGGUGGAAUUCAGCACUCGCUCCAUUCAAGUGGAUAAUAUUACCAUCAAGGCCCAGAUCUGGGACACUGCGGGGCUAGAGCGCUACAGAGCUAUUACUUCAGCGUAUUACAGGGGAGCAGUGGGUGCAUUGCUGGUGUAUGACAUCACCAAGCACCUGACGUACGAGAACGUUGAGCGAUGGCUGAAGGAACUGUAUGACCACGCUGAUCCUCAUAUAGUAGUCAUGCUUGUGGGAAAUAAAAGUGACCUGGGAAACGUACGCACUGUACCAACAGAGGAGGCUAAGGACUUCGCAGAGGCCAAAGGCUUACUUUUUAUGGAGACUUCUGCAUUAGAGUCAACUAAUGUUGAAUCCGCCUUCCUUGAAGUUCUAACAGCAAUACACAAGAAAGUGGCUAGUAAAGAGGUGACCAGAGGUUCUAUCAGUGCGGUGACCCUGGGUCAGACCUUGGGCCCCACCAGCGAGUUCAAGGAGGAGAGACAGUCCUGCUGUAAAAGCUGAACAGAUGAAAGAUCAUCCAGACAAAGUCAUCAAGAGCAAAACAAAGACAUUUCUCUAUGACAUUGAUUAUGUCAUACCUGCAUGGAUGUACUUCAUACUUGACCCUCAUUCAAUGAGGAAAAUAGGGAGGGGACCAGCGUUUUUUAGAGUUAUUGUUUUUUUGGCUUGUUUUUUACUUUUAAAAGGUGUAAACAAUUAGAACUGAUGAUGUAAAACAUGAUGCGUUUUUAGAUUGUUUAUUAUCACUAGACAUGAAUGUAAAUUACUCUUAUGAAUAAACCACAAAUGGGUUGUGAUGUAUUAUAAAGCUAUUUAUAUGGUGUUGAAAUGAACAGAAAUAAAUUCUAUUUCAGUACAGACUUUAAGUCUGUAAAAUAUAAACUCACUCUAUGAAACAAAGUACAUAUGUUGGACUGAUCAAUGAGACAUUUAUCAAUUAUUGAUAUUUUUGCAUUAAAUUAAUUUUUUUCCCUAAAA